ACUUCUUCAUAAAGGUCUUAAUGUGUAGCUUGUUUGUGGCAGUAUUCUUAUAUGAGCUGUUACAUGAUACUUCCUCACUGUAUUGGCCAAUCACUUGUCUUUUUCCCCCUCAAGUAAAUUCCAAACAGUCCAAACCAGUUUCUUACACAACACACCUGCAAACUGCCUGACAGCAGCUCAUCAGCUCCCACAGUGCUCGCGCUGACUGAAGGACUCAGAUAUGGAUUUCCAAGAGCAGGUUGAAGAAAUCACAUCCACUGCCAAAUUUGGAGACUUGAUAGAAUUUGCCUACCCCAUCGGAUAUUCACACUGGGGAGUUUAUGAUGAAGAUGGAUAUGUAUUCCAUUUUGCUGUUGCAGAUGAGAGGCAACUUAUGAACAACAUACGUACUUACCUACAAAAAAUCUUCCCGGUCUGUGGCGACCUUCUUCUCGGGGAGACCAAGAUCCGCAGAGUGCCUCUUGGUGAGGUGAAUGUCCCGAAGGGUGUCCGCAUCUCUAUCAGUAACAGCCGUCACACCUUCACACCAUCAGCACCCGAGCACAUGAGACCACGGUGUGACGCCCUUCUUGAUCAGGACUUCCAGUAUAAACUCUUCACCCUCAACUGCGAGCACUUUGCCACUUUUGUACGUUACGGAAAAGCAGUGUGCAACCAGAUUCCUGCAAGACCGAAGAAUAAAGAGUGCGAGGUGGCCACUGCCGUCUUCAAGAACGUUGUCAGCGCUAAAGAAACUGCUCAAGACGCCUUGAACUUUACCUCUGACUUCUUUAAUGCGCGUGUGUGGUAGCAAAACGCAUUCUGGGCGAAUGAAGUGAACACUGGUGUAAAUCAUAAAUGGUCUGUUGGACUAUAUUAACCCUCAAUUAUUAAUACAAUUCAUCAGAUUUACUAAUCAAUCAUUGUCAUGCAACCUCAGCCUACCAUGCC